GUCGUCCGAGAAACAUCGAACGCGGGGUUGGUCCCGUUCUUUCCAUGUAACGCCCAUAGGGCUAAGUUAAAAUGAUAUCCCUCCCUUUAUCGUUGUUCUCGGCAAUGUAGUAUUCACCAGUUCUUGUAACUGUUUUCACUGAGUUUCGAACCAAUCGCGUUGGCUUACGCAAGAUUACUUUUCUAAUAGGCGUAGGUAAAAACUUCGGCGCUCAUCGGGCGCUGAAGGGAAAACUUUACUUUGGAAUAUCUGGAAGCUCGUAAAUGUCGACAAAUACGGAGAAGUUGAAACGUUUCCAAAUUAUUGACGCUCGCUGUAGAUUUUGGUCGUAACUCGUAGGUUACACGUGAUUGCGUUUAUUUAAAGUUAUUUAAAAUGGCUAAGCACCAUCCCGAUCUUAUUUUUUGCAGGAAACAACCGGGAGUAGCCAUCGGACGCCUGUGCGAGAAGUGUGACGGCAAGUGUGUCGUCUGCGACUCGUACGUGCGGCCUUGCACCCUGGUGCGUAUCUGUGAUGAGUGCAACUAUGGCUCGUACCAGGGCCGCUGCGUCAUCUGUGGUGGUCCGGGCAUCAGUGACGCCUACUACUGCCAGGAGUGCACCAUACAGGAGAAGGACAGAGAUGGCUGUCCGAAGAUUGUGAACCUGGGAAGCUCCAAAACAGAUCUCUUCUACGAACGGAAGAAGUACGGGUUCAAGAAACGAUGAUCUUCCGCCCGGCAAACUAAUUCAUCUUCAUCUGCCUGUGUUAUUGUCUCCAAUGAAUACAAAAGCUGCGAAAUUUGCAUCAAUACACGUGUGACCAUUAA